AUGGCACGUAAACAAAACGAAGUUAUUGUUGAAUUCAUUGAACUCUAUCGAUCUGAACCUUGCCUGUGGCAAGUUAGAAGUGAAGAAUAUCAUGACCGCACAAAGAAAGAUGCUGCCUAUAGCAAAUUAGUAAAGAAGUUGGAGGAACUUGAGCCUGGUGCCACCAAGAAGUCUGUCGUACUGAAAAUUAAUAGUUUGAGAUGUGCUUAUCGCAAGGAGAAAAAGAAGGUUGAGGCAUCAAAGAAGUCUGGAGCAUCUACAGACAGCAUCUACAAGCCGGCACUUUGGUAUUACAACCUGCUUGAAUUCCUGCAAGAUCAAGAUACUCCAUGGACGUCACGUUCAAAUCUGGACAAUGAAAACGAAGAGAACUCUGGUGACAAGCCACUCCCAGUUGAAGAAGAAGUGCUUACUACAAUGCGUGACCACUUCAAAAGACCUAAGGAACAACCUGACCGAUAUGAUUUGCUAGGAAGCACUAUUGCUCUGAGGUUAAAAGCUCUGGACAAACGUGUGGCCUUCGUUGCAGAAAAAAAAAAUCAAUGA